AUGGCUUGCAUAGCAACUAGGUCUCAAACCACGACAAUUGUCAACCAUGACCCGACGGAAAAGACUUCCUCAACUUGUCAUAACCAGAAGAAAUACCGACACGGUGAAGAUGACAGUGUUCCAGACGAACUAGAAACCGGUGAGUCACGACAUCAGAGACGCGAAGACACGUCUCGUCGUGAUGGGACAUCCUCUCAACAACCAUCUGAUACCUCCCGUGUUAAUCGGUCCCUUCCCGCUCAAGAAGAGCGACCAGGAAACUUUCCGACUCUCGCAACAUAUAAGCUUGAUAGUAUAAGGGAAGCUUGGCCUGAAGCGCGCUGCAAGCAGUAUUUAGCUACUUUGGAGGUUUCAUUACCGGCGGAUCAUGUAUCAGAAGCUCGAAAGCUUUUUGAGGAACUCGAGCAUUCGCUGCUUCUCCUUUCAGUAUCCGGGAGUCUUACUACUCGACAAGACGGUGGUUCUGCUAUGUCUAGCAACGCUCCUGCUUGUAAUAUGAACCGAGGAACGCAGAUGCAUCAAAGGGUUCCGAGUGAAGUGGUACAGCCUUUGCAAUCAUCGGCUGAUAGCUGGUCAGCUGCUCGGUCGAAUCAUUUCAAAGAGGACUCACCUGAGAUGGUCAAUCGAAAAGUCCGAGCUUUACUCAAUAAGCUCACGCGCGAUAACUUUGAUUCGAUCUCAGAUCAAGUGAUUGAUUGGGCUAACAAAUCUAAAAAGGAGAAUGAUGGAAGGAUUCUUAAACAAGUGGUUGCGUUAAUUUUUGAGCACCAUGUUGAUGAAGCACACUGGUCAGAAAUGUACGCCAAGUUAUGUUGUAAAUUAAUGGAGAAACUUUCACCUGAAGUAAAGGAUGAGAAUGUACUUGAUACGGCUGGUAAUAAAGUACAUGGUGGUCAUCUGUUUAGGAAAUACCUUAUGAGUCGAUGUCAAGAAGAUUAUGAACGAGGGUGGAGUAAGCGAUAUAAGUUGGCAGCUGCAGGUAAAGCAGCAGAUGAUGCAGUUAAACAAGCAGCAAAUGAAAAAUCAAAAGCAGAGGCCGAAGCAGUAGGAAAAGAAACUACCAAAGAAGCCGAAAUCUUAUCAGAUGAAUAUUAUGCAGCUCAAAAAGCCAAACGACAAGGAUUAGGAUUAGUUCGAUUUAUUGGAGAAUUGUUCAAAUUGAACAUGUUAACAGAAAGGAUUAUGCAUGAAUGUGUUAAGAAAUUGUUAUCGAAUAUCGAGAAUCCAGAAGAAGAAGACAUUGAAUCACUUUGUAGAUUGAUGAUGACAGUUGGAAAGAUGUUGGAUCAUGAAAAAGCCAAUAGUCAUGUGAAUGUAUAUUUCACUAGGAUGACUAACAUGGCACAGAGUAAGAAUCUAACUUCUAGAGCUAGAUUUAUGAUUCAAGAUGUCAUUGAUGCACGUAAUAAUCAUUGGGUCUGA